AUGCCCUCCAGCACCACUCCUAGUGACCAGGCACCGCCUUCCGACCAACCCCAACCCAGCCCCGUUGUCGUCCUCUCUGUUGAAGAGCCUGCUGAGCCUCAAGCUUCCUCCAUCCAGCACCCCCUCAUCACCGCGCUGGGGGAUGUAGCACCCGCCGCCCUGGACACUCCCCAUGCUGAGGAGGGAGCUCUGGCAGCCUUUCCUGAUCAAUUAUCUGCUGAUACUCAAGUCCCCCUCGAACCGCCUCCAGGUCCCUACGAGGAAGGUCUAGGCGAAUUCGCCCGACAGCAAGCCUGGAUCAUACUGAUGGCGACUCUCUCUCGCGAACAGCGAAUCCUUGUUCAAGAAUAUAUCGAUGCCUCCAAGGCGAUUUGGAAACAACUUGCUGAAAAUCCCGGGGCACUACCUAGUGAUAUGCUCCCACAAAUCGAACGUUUCGCGCGCAAUGUCCCUCACUAUCGUAGACUUAUGGAGAGGUUACCCCAGGAAACUGUUGACAAGCUCGAUGCCUUCUUGGGUCCCAUGGUCACGGACAUGGAGACCAAGAUAGAGAAACGCACCAGGCGUAACCAGUAG